AUGUGCGACAGCAAAAACAGGCAAGCUCUGAUCGACUUCGAGUACGGCAUGUACAACAACCGGGGCUUCGACCUAGGGAACCCUUUCAACGACGCGCAGGCCUUCAUUUUGUUACCCCGGAAAGGCGUCUUGGCGCCCGGCUCCCGUGCUGACGUCAUCGUCCUGGAUUCCCGGGCGGAGCACGUGAUCAGCGCACGCACGCACCACCCGCGGAUGGACACGAAUGUCUACGAGGGCUGGAAUUUACAGCGGCGUAACAUAGCAGCCAACUACCGAACGAAGCACAGUUCACUUGGGUUGAGAUCACCUAAGAUGUGGUGGUGAUCGUCGUUGCGAUAGCCGCUCUCAUGAUCCGGGGGGGCUAUCCGCGGAAGGCGCAAUCUGGCUGAAGCUGAAAGCUCAAGUCGAAGAGCUCGACGGCAACCCUGUAGCGGAGGCGCCGACGAACGUCGCUGGAUUGCUUGUACAUGGGUACUAUUGACGAGCCUCCCAGUCCCUUUAAUUCGAACCAGAGGAUGAAGAAGGCUAAGGGUACCAGCACCUUUGGAAUGAAGGCCCAACUUUGAUAUCCUUUGGGUGACACGUAGCCGCGCUGUGCGGGGCAGGCGGUGGGCCACACCUGCUCCAGCUCAUAUUCGUCACAGCCGCUUCCAAAUCGAGCAACGCAUUGUAGAAGGAAGGGGAGAUGGUCAGCUUGAUCUUAUAUGUUGCAAGCGAAUCUGGGGCUCUAGUGUGUUGAGUGGCUUGCAAUUAAUGGACGCGUCCCACAUACGAUGAAAUGCUUGUGCUAUUUAGUAAUAUCUUUAGUUGACGUUCCAAUUAUUUCAGUUCGCCG